AUGAACCACCAUACCCUUUCGCCUUGUUUCAGCAUCAUCACUCAAUCAUUUUUUUAGGCCUACACACGACGUGAACUGAUCAGAAUGCCUAGGCUAACUUGUUGCGUUGUAACUAUGCCUGUCUCUUGCUUGUUUGAUUUUCUCAGGUAAUUGAGUAUGCAACUGCAUACAAAACCAUUCUCACUUCCAUCAAGAAAGAGUAUGAUGAGUUCAUCUGUACCAUAAAGAAGAGUGAGCGUGAUGCCAAGUUAGCACAUGGGAAACUGAAGGCCAUGGUGGCCCAGCCCACAUCCCUUAUGUACUGUCAGAGAAGAGCUGUCCAGCUUCAAGAAAGGAUUGCUAUCAUUCAGAGAGACACUGCAGAGCUGCAGGCUGAGUUAAAUAGACUACAGGAGUCAAGGAGAGACAAGAGACCCUCAUUGCGUCAGAAGACCUCAGACAGCAAGACAUUACGGCCCGUUGGGCAAAUUCCAGGUCUGACAUUUGAUGAGUCGAUGAACCCAGCAGCUCUGGCAAAGCAUUUGGAGUACCUUGAGCGAAAGCGAGCCGACCUGCAGAUAAAGAGGAAGAGCCAGUAUGUAUCUGUUUCUGUCAAGAAUGACCUGGACAAUAAAAUGCGAUCCGCCCUGGACCAGAGGGAUGAGCUGGCAGUGGAGAAUGAGAGACUCCAACUCCGAUACAAAAAGAUGAAGUUUCUGAAUGACUCCCUCAUGACAUGGGAAAAGACAGGAAAAGAAGUCACUCUUCUGGAGUUCAUAACAUCAAAACUGGAGAAUAUAUUUGAUCUGAAAAUGAGCGACACUGAUUUCCUUGGCAUUAGUGCAGUAGUGUUUGAAGAGGAUGAUCCCAGCAAGGUCAAUGAAUCGGAGCUCUUGGUGGAUUACAUUGAAAGGUUCAUUGACCUAUUUGAGGGGGGUGAGUAUGAGGCAGCUGCUUUCCAUGCUGCCAAAUCCCCUCAUGGAGUUUUGAGAAACAUGGAGACAAUGGAAAGGUUCAAAGCGGUCACAGUGUACCAUGGCCAGGGGGAACUGCCCCCUCUGCUUCUCUUCUUCCAGGCACUCAUGAUCUCGGUGCAUGCUGGGAAACAGCUGCCUGGGGAGACCCUGUCAGUGGAGGGGGUCCGGUGUGCCAUGCAGCUCAACUAUGUAGAGCUGGUCACACACUGGGUAACCCAGAAGCGGCUAACAUACAGCGAGGCUCUGGGGGAUGUGAUCUGUGAGUAUGGAGACAGGAAGCUGCGGAUGGCCGACACAUGCCUGGCUCUGGCCCACAUCGUCUACAAGGCCUGCGGCGUGCUCAGGAAGGCCGCACUGAGCAUGUGCAAGAGAGGCAUGACCAGCAGUACUAUGGAGUUCAUCUAUCAAAGCAAAGGCUUUACUGCAGGUGACUGUCUGUUUGUGCUGAAGGGUUGUCCCAGUCUGGCUCUUCUCCAGGCGUUGACUCAGGAGUACCAGGGCCAGCCUGCAGUGCUUUCUAUGGGCUUUGCCUGCCAUGCUCUGCUCAACUCUGAUCUGGAGGACCUGGCACUGCAGAUGGUGGAGGAAACACAUUCAAGUGGGCAAGGUACUUUGGAGAAGGUGAUUCUGGAUGAUACUGGGUGUUCUGCAGAGAACUGGGGUGAGAUAGCAGGUUGCUGUGGCCAGAAGAACAAGCCUUUACUGGCCCAGGAGAUCCUCUCCAUCCUGCUGUCUCAGUCAGGGGCCAUGCGCCUCUCCCCUGGCAUGGAGAGCUCCAGGCUGAUGCAGCAUGUGUUCAUGUAGAGAGACAGCCACCAGAGGGCGCCCAUGGGACAGAUCUGCACCACCAAUCCAAGAGGCCUCCGAACCAUGGCAAGCCCAUUCAUAACUCACUGCGUCAUACUGCUCACUGCUCACAGAGAGAAAUGCAGUCAUCCACACUGGUCCUCCAGAUCAUUAAAUCAUUUGAAUGUGAUUUCACUUUGAUUAAUAUCACAAGUGCCAAGUUCCAUCUUUAUCAGAAAGCACAAAGUAUUGCCAUGUUAUUAAAUUGAUAUCACUUGAAAAUUGUCAAACGUCACUUAAUAGUUGGUUUAUUAGUUAUUCCUCAAUAUAACUUACUCUUAACUAGACUCAGAAUUUCAAACAGUUUAAACUUCAUCUAAGAGAAUUAUCACUACAUGUUUAGAUUUGGAUCAAUGGCAUCUCCGACAUCCAACAUAAUUCAUGGUGACAAGCUCUACAGAAUAUUGAAUUUCCCUGUAAUAAAUUCCCCAUUUCCUGCCUCCAGAACACCACUGACUAAUCCUUGGUGGUGUUAGUCAUUAUCCCCACAGAGAUAAGACCUGAUGGCCGCUCCCUGAGAGGCAUGCUAUURCCUAUAUACACUGUAUCACCAGAAAUACGAGGAGGACACAAUGGUAGAUAGAACAGUAGCUCACUAACCUUCCACUCACACACUGGAGCCAUUGUCAUAGACAGUGCAGGGCCAGUCUCAGUCACCCUGCCAUAUUAGAGUGAAUGAAGCUUCCACACAGCACAAACAACACCCACCAUCAAUAAACACAGCCUCCAGUUUCCUCUGUCUCUGCCUAAGAGACAUGAAGCCACACUGAGCUAACUGUGUGUCUAUGAUUCCCACAGUUAAUCAAUUCCGCUCAUGUCUGGGGCUGCGUUUCAGUGUAUAUCUGUUUGAUCCGUUAAUGGGUUAGUGAAUGGACGUGUGUAGUUGAUGGCCUUAUAUGUCAUACUAAUUUAAACUUUAAACAUUUAGCAUCAGUGUUGUGAUUAUCAAUAUACUGUUAUUGAUGCUGGUAUUGCUCCAGGCACUAGAGCUGUUUAGCCCCCACAAUCUGUGCUGUUAGCUCUUUGAACAUCACUACUUGUAGUGUUAGCACAACGAUACUAGCACUGUGUUGUCAGACGGCAGACUGGAGGCAGCUGGUAUCCAAGGGAGACGGAGAGAGGAAAAAAGAGGGGGUUGGCAAUACGUGAGGCAAAGAUGGAGAGAGAGUAAGACUGACAUGCUGGUAUAGCAUCUCUAUUACAGAGAGGAAGGAGCAGAGAGACAUUGUGUAGGGGAAAAGGAGGAACAAAGUGAGAAACAGGGAGAGUGUGAAAAUCAGAAAAUGGUAGCGGGGGGUGAGAGAUUAUGCUGAAUCAGCGCUUCAUGGCGCCACCCCUGCUGCUGUUAUUGAUCUCCCGCAGUAAGAGGAGCUGGCCUGACCUGGCCUGCUGAUGGCCCCACUGCAUAAAACAGCUCCCCAGACACCCUACCUCCCUGCCCCCUCACCCCACAGCUCACAAAGAACCCUAGUGCCCUGCCCUGAGGCCUACCUCAGCCCUGAAUCUCUGUGUCAAGGGAAAAAGGUGUUGAGUUCUGCCUCCUCACAUCUCUUGUUUCCUAUGCUAAAACUAUUAUCAACAAGAAAAAGCAUUGCAAUUCAUCUUCCCAAAACGAUGCAAUCAAGAGUUGUGUUUUACAAACUGCCUAUUAGUCAGGAUUCAGUUUAUGACAGGAUGUAACAAGAUGCACUUAGUGUCCUUGGAUAGCACUUCUGGAAGAUGUAAAAAUAUUGAUGGUAGUUGUAGCUAGUAUCAUAUUGUCUUGAAUGGUCCUUUAAAUAGGUUUUUGCCUGCACCAUCCUCCCUGUCAGAACCUGUUUAACAGCUCAGGAUUUUUCCUCUGUAUUCCAGCCCCAGCGUGUUUCUCAUCUCCCAGAGUGUGGCACAGAUAAGGGCCCUCUCCUCAGUCCAGCAACGUAAUGUGAACUGACAGCCGUGUCUAGCUCACACAGCCUCUGGUCUAGAUAGAGCUCAGUACAGCAGACCAGCAAAAAUAGAGAGCAAGGGGGGCGUUGGCCCUCAUGUUUCACAUCCUUUUGUCCAGACAGUGUCCACACUGGUUUGACUUACUUCUAUGCCUUUGUUUGAUAGAGCAAUGCUAGUGGUAUACAUGGUUUUAAAAGGAAUGUGGUCAGGACUAAAUAGCUGUGUCAAGCCUUCUAUUUCUGAUCCGUGAUUGAGCAGACUGUUGCACAUUUGUACUGGGGUGGGAAGGGGAAUCUUUGGAUUAAACAGCGCCUGUCUCACACUUUGUAUUGAUGUCUCCUGGCUUGACUGUGUAUAUUUAGCCACUGUGGUAGUGCCCUGUCCAUUUUGUUGAUAUUUCCAUGGAUUAAAGCAGUGCCACAUUAGGUUUGCA